AUGCUACCUCCAUCAACAGGAUCAAUCCCUGAGGUUAAAGAAGAAUACCCAGGUGCGUGUCUUACCGAGCGUACUGCUCGGCUACUUCAAUUUAUAGAAUUGGGUCCACCAGAUUUAUGUAAUAUAUACAAGCACUCAAUCAACGCCAAAAGGGAGCAUGGAGAAAUUGGCACUUUUUUGUAUUUUGUUGGGGUAGACACAUCUUCCAUUGCAUCAAUUGCAGCGCAUUUACAAAGCUUGGCCAACUUGAUGACGUCAAAGGCGCAAUACUGGUUUGGGGAAAAGAAACAUUGGAAGGUGCCCCAAUUGACUUAUUGUACUUUUAACGCCUUUAGCAAAACAGAUAUUAGAGUCACUGUUCACAUUCCAGGAAAAUUUGGCAUACAAAUAUUAAACCAAGAAGGUAAAAUGAUUCAAGACAAUUUGAAUGAAAAACAAUUGGAAAGGUUGUGGACAGAGACUUUUGUCACUUCAAUUACUCGUGCUGUUUUGGAAAGUGAAGACAACGAAGAUGCCAAUAAGUUGGGCGGUGUUGUUGAAGUCAGAAAAAUUAAUCCUUUCAACAACGGCAGUGCAUCGAAAGAGUUGUUAAACAACUAUUUUGUUGGAUUUGAAGAUUUGUUUUUUCAGGGGACCAAGUUGGGCUGUAAUGUCGAUUUUCCCCAACCAACUACCGUUAAUAACUACCUCGUUGAUGGAUUUUUGAAAAUUGUUGAGUUAACGCAGAAUUAUGGCCGCGGGUUGGAAAUAUUGGAGAGGAUAUGCAGGACUGAACCUGGUGUAAUUUCCAUCAUUGCAAAACUCCAGUUGUUGAGACAAGAUGAAAUCGAAGCGGUGAAAACCAUGUACAAGGGAAUCCAAGACAAUAAGAGAGAUCCAAACACGUUGGUCUUGCAAGCAGAGUACUGCUUGGACAAGAAAAAGCCAGAAUUGGCAUUGGAAUUGGCAAAACAAGCAGUCAAAUCCUCGCCAUCUGAUUACUUUACCUGGUCAAUAUUGGUGAAAUGCUAUACCAAAUUGGGCGAUUUUGAAAAUGCUUUGCUAACAUUGAACUCGUGUCCAAUGAACUCGCACAAGGAAAAGUAUCAGUUGAAAAGGGUUGUACCAAUAAAGACUCACGAUGAGUUACAUUUACCUUCGCCAAUGGAUGUUACGUUGGACGAAGUUUCCAACUUGCAAAGUAAUGAUAUAAGUUACGAGCACAGGAAUUUGGACCCACAAUUAGCCAACUUGCCAGCAUCCAACUUGAAGUCUACAUACGCCAAAGCUUACGACUUGUUGACCGAAAUUGUUGCCAAAACCGGUUGGGAGCAAUUGUUGAAAUACCGUGCAAAGGUUUUUGUCAUGGAGGAAGAAUACAGGAAGGACAAGAAAACCGCCAAUGGCCACAUUCGCAAAAACUCAACCCAAUCAUCGGCCACUGUUAACGACAACACUGUUGCUACUGCAACGCCGUCAGUUACCGAGAGUGACGUUGAGUCAACCGUUGCCAUCAAAUCACCAACCCAAAAACCAAUAGAUGCAGCAGCAUCUGUUGCCCCAGAAGCUCCCCCUGUGGAAGAUGACACAGAUUAUGACGAGGAAUUCAAAAAGAAGAGAUUGUGUGAAAGGUGGUUGGACAAUUUGUUUAUGCUCUUGUACGAAGAUUUGCGAGCAUUCACCGUGUGGCAAUCAGAAUCGUUGCAUUUCCAAGCACAACAAAUGGAGUACAAAAAGACGACUUUGGAAUGGGAAAUACUUGGUCUGAUAGCAUACAGAUUGAAACAUUUCAAAGAAGGAGCUGUUGCCUUCUCUAAUGCUUUAAGUGGACGCUUCUCCGCCAAGUCGCAACGUGAAAUGCUCAAGUACUAUUUGAAGGAGCACACGAGACUUGUAACCAAAAACACAUCCUCAUUCGGUGGUAAUCCAAGCUUUAUUCAAAACUAUUCCAAAAUGAUGAACCAAUUGAAUGAAAAGAUUUUGGAAAGUAUAGUUCGGUUGUUGGUGUGGAACCAUCGAUGGUACUCUGAUUUCUCCCCCUUUUUACUAUUAAGUUUGAGUGACUUGAUUGCCUGGGAGGGCUCAGUCAAGAUCGAAAGUUCAGUCAAGGCUUUAUACAGUGAAAUUAAAUUACCUGGUACAAGCAGUAAAGACGGUGCGAUAAAAGACCAUAAAGAGGAUCAUUUCAGUAACCAUGGGGUGAUUGACAUGAUGAAAGAUUUAGACGAUGACUAUAUUAAAUUGUACAAUCUAAAUAACGCUGACGAGUAA